UUUUCCUGAGAAAACGGGGACCGAAGUUUGCGGCGUGGCCACUUUUUCUGGGGAACCGGAAAAUCUCUUAGGUCUGGUUUUCCGAGCAAGAGGAAUAAAGAGGGCGACGGUGGACCGGCGGUGGCAGGGGAAGGAGCAGAUCGACGUCUCAAGUACGAUCGUCGGCGGUUCUCCCUCCCCCCCCCCCAGUUUUUACUUUUCCUACCUUUUUCUCCUUUUAAAAUAUAUUUUUUUCCCAACAAGAAGAGGAGAACGUCUUGUCACCUUCUCAGCUACCAGUCUACCCUUUUCCUUUUCGUCUUCUUUUCCUUUCCAAACACUCUCUCUCUACUCCCUUCGAAUGCAAGGAAGUCGAUUCCGGAAAUACUCUGUGUAGCUUUCAUUUUCCCCAUCUUCUUGUUUGGAUUGGAAAAAUUGGAAGCGAAGAAUCGGCAAUCGGGGUUCGAAAUCUCUCUCUCUCUCUUAUGUUCUCCGCCUUCCGCUGGUUGCAGACAGGGGGAAGGCGAAGAAUUUGUUUCUGCUAAGGUUCGUUUCUUUAUCAGAUAAUAGAACUCGGGCUUCGGGUUUCUUGAAGAUCGGUUUGGGUGAAUGAAACGAAGGGUCCUCGCAAUGCGUAGCUCCUCAACUAUAGAGACGUUUUCUCUGCACCGGCUGGAUUGGGAGUUGAUUUGCAGCCGGUGACUCGGAUAUUUUCGCUUGUGAGGGUUACUGGGGAAAAUUCUUGGGGUCCUUGCGCCGGAGAUGACGUAUUCCGUCCAGAUUAAGGACGGUUUGCUGUUGGAUACGAAGCUGGAGGUGGAGGAUGGAAAUGGGGCGUAUGUUAGGUUGGGUUAUCUGAAUGAUCCCGAGCCGGAGGCGUUUGGGAGGCAGGAGAACCAAGCUGCUUUGAAGAAGCCUUGCCGCGCGUGCUGGUGGGUGAAGGUGGUUUUUGUAUGCCUCUGCCUGCUGCUGCUAGUUGCUGCUUUCAUCAUUUGGGGAGCGCCCUUUCUUAUUGAAAAGGUUGUUAUUCCAACCUUGGACUGGGAGAUGGCCACUUUUAGUACGCCUGUUCUUGGACUCUUGCUUUUUGCUUGUAUGGCAGUAUUUCCUGCUAUCGUACUGCCAUCAGCACCUUGCAUGUGGUUAGCAGGGAUUACUUUUGGUUAUGGAUAUGGAUUUUUGCUAAUCAUGGCAGGGACAAGCUUGGGAAUGUCUUUGCCAUACUUCAUUGGUUCUCUCUUUCAUGAAAAAAUACAUAGAUGGCUCGAAAGAUGGCCGAAGAAGGCUGCUAUUAUUAGAUUAGCAGGGGAAGGGAGCUGGUUUCAUCAGUUUCGAACUGUCACUCUGCUUAGAAUCUCCCCUUUUCCUUACAUCGUGUUCAACUAUGCAGUUGUUGCAACUAAUGUCAAAUAUGGCCCAUACAUAUGUGGAUCAUUAGUAGGAAUGGUGCCAGAAGCUUUUAUCACGAUCUACAGCGGCAUUCUUAUAAGAAGCCUGGCCGAUGCAUCUCAUGAUCGGCGGUUCCUUUCGCCACAGCAGAUCCUCUACAACUCGCUAGGCAUCUGCGCUGCAAUUGCUGCCACCGUCGCCGUGACCUUCUACUCCAAGAGGGCUCUCCAAACCCUUCAAUCCGAAGAAGACGUCCUGGCAUGAUGCCAAAGGAAGUGUGGGGGACAACCCACAGGGUGGGGGACAACCCAGAUAGGUCCAGUGGGUUAGUUUGGUUUUGGCCACGGGAACGUCUUUCACUGUGGAUGGUGGAGGUGGGGACGGCAAAAUGUACAUGAACAUUCAUUAUAGGUGGGCAAGAAAUCGCAGCUUCACAUGCUUACUCUUUUUGUCUUUUCAAAUGUUUUCUAUAAUUUUUUUUUUAAAUGCCUGGGUGGCGUGAUAUUUGUAAAUUUGACUGAAACUCAGUGAUUUAAUGUUGAAUGAAAAUUGGUUGACCGGGCAGCAUUGUUA